CCUGUCUCGGUUCACAUAGGUUCAAUCAACCCUUCGCCUCCAGAUCAGUUAGUAUUGUAUAUACGCUCUAGCGAAACAUACGCAUCCAAGAUGCACUGCUACAUCUGCGUAAUGUACUUGAUGAUAAUAUGCAACGCUUAUCCACCGAAGGUUCGAGAAAUUUCCACGGCACCACAGCGACGGUCGCUUUUCCAUGAUGUAAUUGAAUCACUACGCAUUAGAGCCCAAUUACCCGACGAUUUUAGUUCAGACGAGGAAAAUAACUUAGGUCAGAGUUACGAAAGAUACGGAUUCGAAAAUGAACCAUUGCAUCAACCAAACGACGUUGAUUUUUUACCUAGAAGAAACGAUAGACUGGAAAUGCCAACACUGAAAUAUCGGUUCCCAAAAAACUUAAAAUUUAACAAAACAUUAGAAGAGACACCCAAAGAGGAAAUAGUUUUAUACAUCAAUGCACCGUCUGAAGAUAAGGAUGAAACAACUACCACAAAACCAAACAAAACAAAGCGACCGAAACCAGUAAACAAAAUUAAGACAAAAACUAACGAAGACGAUGAUAACACAACUACAGAACAAAAGCCUUUCACGAACACAAUGUCAGGUCAAAGCCACAUCGGAAAUCGGGAAUCGCAAACGGUCGUUAAACCAACAGUAAUUGUGAACUUUCGAGGAUCCGUAAGCCACAGAGAGAGCGACAUACGGUUGGAAAGACAAAAAUAUAAUAUCACUAAAUCAGUGCCGCAGAACAUUUUUAACAUAAACCAAGAGAUCAAAAUGGAAAGACCUGAUCAAAAUAUAGGUAGUACAGGAGGAGUAACAGGAGUGCCUAAUAAAGUUAAGCAGGAUAUAAAAAUAAAAGCUGAGGGGAAGGCAAAAGUUGAAGAAGAUAUGAUGAUGUGUGAAACAUCUUCUUGGAAAGAGGAUAACAGUAGAAGCAGUCGACGAACCGGCUUACUCCAAAUCUUGCUUUCCAUUUAGUUUCAGGUUCCAAAUAAUCAUGGUUUUACUAUUUUUAUGAGUAAACUUUAAAGUUUAGUUUUAUUUUAUUUUAGUUAUAUUUAGUCAUACUAUAGAAUAUUCAAUUGAUACUCAUAAUUAUAUAUAAUUUAAUAAAUAUAUUAAAUUACUAA